GGCCAGGGACCACCGCCUCCACCCGCGGCCAGGGACCACCGCCUCCACCCGCGGCCAGGGACCACCGCCUCCACCCGCCCGCGUCGCGCUCAACCCCCGCGAUGGGCGAGCCGGCGGGCACGGGGGACGCGGUGCCGGAGCGCCGGCCGCCCACGGUGCUGGAGUUCUGGAGGGGCAGCGUGACGGACUUCUACGACUCGUACGAUGAGAUGUUCGAGUUCUUCUGCGACAACACCACCAUCCACGGCACCAUCCGCCUCGUGUGCUCCAAGCGCAACAAGCUCAAGACGGCCUUCUGGUCGCUGCUCUUCACCGUCACCGUCAUCCUCUUCUACUACACGAGCGCCCUCGUCUUCCUGCAGUACUACAGCUACACGGUGGCCGUCACCAUGGGCCUCAUGUUCCAGCAGAGCACCUUCCCUGCCAUCACCGUCUGCAGCCUCAACCCAUACCGGUACGAGGUAGUGCAGAGCUCCCUGAGCCAGCUCGACUCGAUGACGGGGCAGGCCCUGCAGCAGCUCUAUGGCUACCAGCCGCCCGCCACGAAGGCUGCGGGCACUGCCGCCGCCCCGGGAAUCCGGCUCGACACCGGCGUCGUCCUGGAGAGGACCGGGCCGGACACCGUCGGCUUCAAGUUGUGCAACGCGACGGGCGGCGACUGCUUCUACCAGUCGUACGGGUCGGGCGUGCAGGCGGUGACCGAGUGGUACACCUUCCAGUACGUCAACAUCAUGAGCCAGGUUCCCUCCUACAUCAAGCAGUCCGACGACGCCAACAUCGAGGACUUCAUCUUCUCCUGCAUGUUCAGCGGGAUGCCCUGCAGCGACAGUGAAUACAGCCGCUUCCACCACCCGACUUACGGCAACUGCUACACGUUCAACAGCGCCAACUCGUCCAAACUGUGGCAAGCCUCCAAGCCGGGCCGAGACUAUGGCCUGUCGCUGAUCCUGCGCACGGAGCAGAACGACUACAUCCCCUUCCUGUCCACGGUGGCGGGCGCCCGCAUCAUGGUACACGACCAGGAGUCGCCGCCCUUCAUGGAGGAGGGCGGCUUCGACAUGCGCCCGGGCUUCGAGACCUCGCUCGGCAUCCGCAUGGUGCGAGGCGCCGCGCGGGCAUCGUGCUGCAGGGUGCCGUGGUUGGAGGCGACUCGAAUGCCCGACCCGUACGGGAACUGCACGGAGGACGGCAGCAACGUUCCCGUGUUGAACCUCUACUCCUCCGCCUACACCGUGCAGGCGUGCGUGCGCUCCUGCUUCCAGCUAGCGCUGGUGGAGGCGUGUGGCUGUGGUUACUACUUCUACCCCCUCCCUCCCAACGCCUCCUACUGCAGCUACAAUAACACGGCGUGGGGACACUGCUACUACAAACUCUACCGACAAUUCAUCUCCGACGAGCUCGGCUGCGUCGACAAAUGUGCACAGCCCUGCACUACGAAGCGCUUUGCCGUGACCCCAGGAUACGCCGCCUGGCCUGACAGCAGCUCCGAGAAAUGGAUCUUCAACCUCCUCUCCUUGCAGAAUAAUUACUCCGUCACCACUGUGAGGAACGACGUGGCCAAGCUGAACGUUUACUUCCGGGAGCUCAACAUGAAGACGAUCAGCGAGUCGGCCGCCACCAACGUCAUCUGGCUGCUGUCGAACAUCGGCAGCCAGUGGAGCUUGUGGUUCGGCUCCUCGGUGCUGUCGUGGCUCGAGGUGGGGGAGCUCGGCAUCGACUGCUGCAUCAUGGUCUUCGUCUUGGCCUACCGCCGGCGCCGGUCGCGCGCCGAGCGCCGAAGAGCUCGCGGCACGGGCGACUCCGAGGCGGCGCCACCGCCGCCGCCCAGCUUCCGCGAGGCGCUGGGCUGCGCCAACGCGGCCUACGUCGGCGGUAACGACGACGGCGGCGGCGGCGUCGCGAUCGGGGGCCCCACGGAGCGCCCCCCCCCGUGGCGACGCGGCUCGCUGACGCGCAACGCCUGCUCGUUCUCCGUCGUCGCCGACAUCAGCUGCCCCCCCGCGGCGGCCGCGAAACCGACGGUCGGGGCCUCCCGCGACGCCGCCGCCGCGGAGGCCCUGCCGCCGGACUACGGCUCCCUGCGGCGCGUGCCCGAGGGGUACGUCGCUGUGAGCCCCGACCCCGGCGGGCCGCCCCGCGGGGGGGCCGGCGCGCCGCUGCUCUCCCCGCGCGUCUCGGCGCUGGUGGCGAGCGGCAGGGAGGUUUUGCGGCGCCGCUCGGCGUCGCUCACUGUCGUGUCCUUCGCCGUUGAGGAGGCCUGAGGGGGCCGCGUGACACCGGGCCCCCCCCCUUCCCCCCCAGGUCUCCGAAGGUGUCGGGGGGGCCGCGUUGUGACGUCGCGCCACCCAAGGGUUGAUCGCCAUGCGACGUGGUGAAACGUGCCGAUUCGGGGUUAGAUUUGACAAAAGUCGAUUCGGCUCAAUGACAAUCGACAAAUAAAUGUUGCCGCGGGUAGUGCUCCCCCUCUUGUUCCCGUGUCAGCGGGGUUCACGCGACCCGGUCACACGGCAUACGCGUAACGUCACCGAAUAACCUUUUCAAAUCUAUCCCCACGCUCGCCACGCUUGCGUCGAAUCGUUUUGCGCGAACAUCGAUAAUUUUUUAUCGCACGUUUCUGCAGAUUAUACCUCCUAUAGUCUUCUGACAUAUUUUACCAUCUCCAUGCAAGGCAGGGGGCGUCGUGUUCCUGUGACCCCGAAUCAAGACGCUAAAUUGUGUCGCCGGUGGCUCCUGCUCAGAGCCGCGAUGCAUAUCCCGUGUGCUUGCAAAAUCGCACGAGAUUCUUCUCAAAUAAUGUCGAUGUCCUUAUCGAGCAUGGUAGUUAAAUAACGUGCUCAAUCGGCGAGCUUCAAUUAAUCAGCAUUUCUUGCAAUAGUUUAUUGUAAUUUGCAAUGUCAUCACUUUACAAAACAAAUUGUGUAAUGCAAGCUACCUGUUGUGCUUUAAAAUUUGAUUUACCGCUCUAUAUAAAUCAGCUCAAGCCUCCCGUAAAUCACAUGACGUCUACGUGGGCGCCCCCACUCUGAACUCCGCCCACUGUGAGAACGGAUUCCUCUCCGUGCAGCGGCAGCAGCGUCGAGAUCCUGAUGCAGCCUCUUCCUCUCCAUCCUUAUCUCUCCUGACCCUUCACUCCCGUUCCUCCGCUCCUUCUCCUCCCACUCCCCUUUCUUUGUCUCCUCUCUUCCCUCUCCCGUUCCUUUCUCUGUUUCCAUCCAUUACAUCCCUGACUCCACUCCCUUCCUGCGAUGUAACCACAGUUAACAAAGUUGCUCGUGGGUUCCAAUUCAUCAUCCUAACGUUUUGUGAAACUCUUUUUUUUCUCUCGAGUGUUUCAGCAUGACAUUGCCAGCCUAGACGAGGUGUUGUAGAACCCGAUUUC